AUGGCCCAGUCCGUGAUCACGGACGACGCGGUUUUCUACGGCCAAUCGCCUCCGGUGUACCCGUCACCCGAAGGAACUGGAGCUGGAGACUGGGCUGAUUCAUACGCGAAGGCUGAUGCUUUCGUAUCCCAACUAAGCCUCGAGGAGAAGGUUGGCCUGACUGGAGGCACUAGUGCUGACAGCUCCUGCUCGGGCAUUAUCCCUCCGAUUGAACGACUCAACUUCACUGGGCUCUGCCUCAGUGAUGCUGGCAAUGGGCUACGGACUACCGACUUCGUUUCGAGUUGGGCUUCGGGCAUAUCAGUUGGUGCGAGCUGGAACCGCGACCUGGCUUAUAAGAGAGCAGUUGGGAUGGCUGGCGAAUUUCGCACGAAAGGGGUCAACGUUGCUCUUGGACCUGUAGUUGGUCCCCUGGGACGAAUCGUUUCGAGUGGACGUAAUUGGGAGGGCUUUUCGAACGAUCCGUAUCUGUGCGGUGCCCUGGCAGCAGAUACAGUGACAGGAAUUCAAUCGGUUGGAGUCGCUACCAGCGUCAAGCACUUCAUUACCAACGAACAAGAGACGAACCGAAACCCAGAAGACAACAUUACAGCUGUUUCAUCUAACCUCGAUGACAAGACGAUGCACGAACUGUAUCUCUGGCCAUUUCAAGAUGCUGUCAAAGCUGGGACUGCCAACAUCAUGUGCUCGUACAAUCGCAUCAACAACUCGUACGGCUGUUCCAACAGUUAUACACUGAACGGCCUACUGAAGACUGAACUCGGCUUCCAAGGUUUCGUGGUCUCGGAUUGGGGUGCCCAACAUGCAGGCGUCGCCACAGCGCUGGCUGGUCUAGAUAUGGUGAUGCCCAGUGGCUCGGACUUUUGGGCCAAGAACCUGACUCAGGCUGUGAACAACGGAUCAGUGCCGGAGUCAAGGAUAGACGAUAUGGCUCAAAGGAUCGUCGCUUCAUGGUACAAGAUGGGCCAGGAUACAGGUUUCCCUACCACGGGCGGGGGGAUGCCCGAGUAUCUCGCCGCACCUCAUCAGACAGUGAUCGGAAAGGCUGCCAGUAGUAAGGAAAUCCUACUACAAGGGGCAGUUGAAGGUCACGUCCUGCUGAAGAACGACAACAACGCACUCCCCCUGAAAUCGCCCAAGCUUAUCUCUUUGUUUGGGUACUCUGCAAAGGCAUUCGACGGGUACACUCCUGAAGCCAGCGGCUGGAACGGCGGGUCAGAGUCUUUGGCUCCCUCGGAUGCUAUCGCUGUCGGUGAUGAGACUGUGCACUCACAGAUCGCGGCUAAUGGCACGCUGAUUUCUGGCGGGGGCUCCGGUGCCAACCAACCAGCAUACGUGAGCUCACCUUUCGAAGCCUUGAGUCUUCGCGCCUACGAUGACGACACCAGUCUGUGGUGGGACUUCCACAGUGGCAACCCCGCCGUUGACCAAUCUUCCGACGCCUGCAUCGUGGUCGGCAAUGCAUUCGCCUCCGAAGGAUGGGACCGCGUAGGGCUCCAUGAUGACUUCACCGAUGCGCUGAUCACCAACGUGGCCUCACAAUGCAAUAACACGAUCGUCGUGUUCCACAAUGCAGGUGUGCGGCUGGUUGACCAGUUCAUUGACAACCCGAACGUGACGGCGCUGGUCUUCGCCCACCUACCCGGACAAGACUCUGGCCGGGCACUGAUAUCCAUCCUGUACGGCGAUGUCAGUCCCUCGGGCAAGCUGCCAUACUCCGUGCCACACAACGAGUCGGACUACGGGCCCCUGCAGAACGCGACUCUGCCGGACGGCAUCUACGAGCUAUUCCCCCAGUCUGACUUCACUGAGGGUGUUUACAUCGACUACCGUGCCUUCGAUGCCAAGAACAUCACUCCCCGCUACGAGUUUGGCUUCGGACUGAGCUAUACCACGUUUGAGUACUCGGGUCUCCAGGUUUCUUUGGCUGGCGGUGCUGAUACUUCCGCGUAUCCCUCGAAGCCAAUCGUCGAGGGGGGCCAUGAAGAUCUCUGGGACAUUGUCGCGCAAGUCUCUGCCACCAUAACCAACACGGGGCCAGUGGUGGGAGCAGAGGUCGCCCAGGUAUACGUCGGCAUUCCGAACGGGCUUGUAAAACAACUGCGUGGAUUUGCAAAGCCUGUCAUCGAGCCCGGACAAGCCGCUGCCGUCGACUUUGACUUGACGAGACGGGACCUGAGCACAUGGGAUGUGGUGGCCCAGAACUGGCUGCUGCAGGAAGGGGAAUACACGAUAUAUGUUGGGUCCAGCAGCAGGGACCUUCCAUUGACGGCUGUGCUACUUUUGACAGUUUGA